GCUCUUUGAACUCUCUAUCUCUUAAGUUUUCUUUUAUUCCCUCUCUUCGUCUUUCGUUUUGUAAUAUCCCCAAUAUUCCAAACUUGACUUCUCCACCGAAAAUACUUUUCUUUCGAAAAGAGAAAAACAAAAAACAGUGAUGAUCAUAACAGUUCUUCAUUCUCCUGUCUCAUUAUAUUUCAUCAUCAUCCUUACCUUCCUCUACUUCCAUGGAAGUAAUUGUGCUACAAUAACCAUCGUAAACCGGUGCAGCUUCACUGUCUGGCCGGGAGUUUUGUCCAACUCCGGAAGCGCCAGCAUAGGAACCACCGGUUUCGAACUCGCCUCCGGUGGUUCACGCUCGUUCCAAGCUCCAGCUAGCUGGUCGGGUCGGUUUUGGGCAAGAACCGGUUGUAACUUCGACUCGGAAACAGGCCAAGGCACGUGCUUAACCGGCGACUGCGGCUCAAACCAGGUCGAGUGUAACGGCUCUGGAGCUAAACCACCAGCUACACUAGCCGAAUUCACAAUCGGGUCAGGUCCAGAAGACCCGACCAGAAAACAAGACUUCUACGACGUGAGCCUCGUGGACGGAUACAACGUCCCGAUGGUUGUUGAAGCAAGUGGAGGAGGAGGAUCAGAACAAGGCAGUAGUAAUUGCUUGACGACCGGAUGCGUAGCGGAUCUAAACCAGAGAUGUCCAACGGAGCUCCGGUUCGGAUCCGGGUCAGCUUGCAAGAGCGCGUGCGAGGCGUUUGGUAGUCCAGAGUAUUGUUGCAGUGGCGCGUACGCUUCACCGGCCGAAUGUAAACCGUCGUUGUACUCGGAGAUAUUCAAAUCUGCGUGUCCUAGAUCGUAUAGCUACGCGUUCGACGACGCUACGAGCACGUUUACGUGCACUUCUGCAGAUUACACCAUCACUCUUUGCCCUUCCUUGCCUAGCCAAAAAUCUGCAGCUAAUGGGUGGAGAGAAGGCGGUGGAGGAUUAGCACAGAGCUCAUCGUCUCCUUUAUCGACGUGGUUGUCUGAUGUCUUCACUUCUGACUCCUCAAAUAUUCAAUCUUCACUCUAUUUACUCAUCUUUUGUAUUUUUCUUCUUCUCCGGCAAUUUUGA